UUAUGUUCAAAAGUCAAAGUUAGCGUCGGUGCGAAUUGAUGAAACGUAAUGUGUAUAGCUGCAUUCCAAUGGAAAGCUCAUCCAAUCUACCCCUUUCUUCUGUUCCUCAACCGGGACGAAUACUAUGAUCGGCCGACGAAGGCUCUGGCGUGGUGGGACGAUGGUGUGAUUCUUGGAGGAAGAGACGUUCUCGCCGGCGGGACUUGGCUAGGCUGUAACCUCAAGGGAAAAAUCGCUUUCCUUACCAACGUCCGGGAGGUCGUCGAUUCGCCGUCUUCUCAUACCAAGAGCAGAGGAGACCUUCCUGUUCGCUUCUUACGGAGCAAUAAGAGCCCUCGUGAUUUCGCGGAGGAACUUAUGGGAGAAGCUGACCAUUUUGGUGGGUUUAACUUGAUAGUAGUUGAUAUCUGUUCCAUGACCAUGUUUUAUAUAACCAACAGACCAAAAGACAGAGGUGUAUCAGCGACAGAGGUAUCGCCUGGUAUUCAUGUCUUGACAAAUGCAUCACUAGACUCUCCGUGGCCUAAGGCUCAACGGUUAGAAAAAGGUUUCAAGUUGGUGUUGGAGGAAUAUGGUGAAUCUGAGAUUCCAGUGGAGUCAGCGGGGAAACAAUUGAUGAAAGACACAACAAAAGAUGAGGAAAGGAACCUUCUUCCUGGCAUCUAUGCACCUGAAAGGGAGUACCAAUUCAGUUCCAUAUUUGUUGAAGCAUUUGAAGAUUCGGGGGGGCGCUAUGGCACUAGAAGUACUUCUGCAUUGGCUAUCAAGAAUUCCCUUGAGGUCAACUUCUAUGAGAUGCAUCUUGAGAAUGAUUUGUGGAAGGAACAAACCAUUUCCUUCAUGAUUGAGAAAUCCCCAACCCCGGCCCAUAAAUACUACGGUUCCGUUUAAGUUGUGUUUCUUUUUGAAGGAUUGGAGUGGUCCAUAAAUUGUGUUUCUUUUUGAAGGAUUGGAGUGGUCCAUUAACUCAAUGUACAUUAGUUAGUUGUGGAAACACUAGCUAGAAACAUCUAUGGCUAGUUAGAUACUGUGCAAUCUCGCAAUGGUUAUACUGUGAAUUGAAAAUCUACACAUUUUAUGUUGCGUACGGAGUAACUCAUAUUCUAUACACAUUCAAGGGUUCUCCAUUAAUUGAAGUUGUUGCUUAA